GACAUUGGCUGGAAACGCAUAUUGGCUGGAGUUUGAACACAGGUGGCGUAGUUUCUUUUCCACUGAUAGCGAGAGUGGAAGAUAAGCGGCAAGAAAGGAUGUCUCACUCUAUCCGUCUUCUACAACCCUGUCCUGUCCGGAUUGGCUCAAUUAAAUAUGACUCUGAUGAAAAGCAACUCCAUGAGGAUGUAAAAUAUGGCUGUUAUACAAAAGUUAAACAAAUGCUCAAAAAAGGUAUAUCUGCAGAUUCUAUUAAUUCCUUGGGUCAAACUCCUUUGUUCAUUGCAGCCUUGCUUGGGCAUUCAAAGAUGGUUGAUUUGCUCUUGAGAUAUGGCUCAAAUCCUAACCAUCGAUGUUUUGACUGGAGCACUCCCGUUCAUGCUGCUGCCUUUUCUGGGAACCAGUGGAUUCUGAGCAUGCUCAUUGACGCUGGAGGAGAUUUGCGUCUUCAUGAUCAAGACUGUAGGAAACCAUACUGCUGGGCCCUUUUAGCUGGAAGGCACAAUAAUGCACAGAUGAUUGAAUUUAUUGACCGUUGCACUGCACACAUGCAAGCAUUAGUCCAGUGUUUUCCAUAUAAAGCUUUAAAAAAGGUGGACUCAUCAAGUAUUCUUAUUCAUAAUUCAUCAUUAAUGGAUCUACUUUCUCAAGGAAAUGCUGAGAAAUAUGGCGGGGUUUCAACAAAGACCAUAAGCAGCUUUGGAUACGGAAAGUUAUAUUUUACAGAUGACAGUUACUUGUCGUGUAUGGCUUAUAUUCCUUAUGUUGAGGAAAGAGAUUUAGUUCAAGGAAAUGAUAAACCUGUGUUUUCGUUCUCUGCUGGACAAUAUAUGACCAUGACAAAUUUAAUGUGGGGUUAUAGUGAGGUAACGGUGAAGGAACUAAUGCUGCCCACACGGCAAACCUGCAACAAGUCGUACUUUUCAGACCUUCUGUUUGCUGAGCAAGAAUACUUGAGUAAACUGCAUCAUCCUCACAUACUUCAACUCCUUGCAGUGUGUGUCUCCCCUGAUCUUGAAAAAACACGCCUAGUAUUUGAGAGGGUCAUUUCUGGAACUUUAUACAGCAUUCUUCACGAAAGGCGUACAGAUUUUCCUAUUUUGGAUAUGGAAACUAUUCUGAAUAUAUUUCUUCAAGUGAUUGAUGCUUUGAUAUUUGUGCAUUGGCGUGGCUUUAUCCAUUGUGCGUUUUCUUCACAUGCCAUUAAUAUUAUUCUUCCUGGCUUGGCUAAGCUAAGUAACUUUGAGUACAUGGCAGAAAGUAAAGAUGGCAAAGUGCAUACUGAUGUCAGCCAUUUUCCUGUUCCACCAUAUCUAUAUCGUUGGUCAGCUCCAGAAGUCAUCAUGGGGAAAACAAUCUCUACAAAAUCAGAUCUUUUUAGUUUUUGUGUUGUAAUGCAAGAAGUUUUAACAGACACUCUUCCCUGGGAUGGCCUUGAUGGUUUAACUGUUAAAAAUGCAGUGGUUUCUGGACAAAACUUAGCUGUUGAUCUCAGAAUUGCUAAGCCCUAUGAUAAAAUUGUGAGCACAGGAAUUCAAGCGAUGGCAAAGGAUCGUGCUAUAAGCUUGCAGGAUAUUCGCUGGAUGCUAAAGAAGGAUAUUGAGGAUUUUCUAGAGUCCAGAAAAAGUACUUCUGAAACCUUAGGCACAGAAUGCCAAAAUCUAUAUCCUAAUGUUAAUAACCUUUUCCAACCCAGACGGUCAUUAAGUAAGGAGCCUCACAAGCUUCAGACUGAUACACUUGAUCAUAAGAAAACAUUUGGAGAUGAAGAGACUGAAAUACAUUGCAAUUGUCGACCUAUUGUGACUUGGCACUUGGAUUCUGAAAAUCCAAACAAACAGACUUUGCACACUGAGGCAGACCAAAGUGUGCUUGUAAGUGAUUUUGCCCAAGAUGAUCAGAAUAAAGACACCAUCUCUUGUGUACAGGUCAAUGCAUUUUCUAAGAGAACAGAUGUAGAUUAUCAGUUGGAAAAUCAAAAGACCAAACCACAAAUGGGUAAAAAUACCUAUAAUUUAGAAUCACAUGCAGAGGAAAAACAUGUAGUUUACCAUCAAGUAAUAACUGAAAAUAGCUCAUCUGAAACAGAUUCAGAAUCUAACACAGAAGAAAUAUAUAGCCUAUGUGAAAUAGUUGAUCCUGUCAAAGACACCCAGAUAGGAGAAACUGUGAGAAGUAACAGAGCUUCUUCCUUACAGAAGCACAUCAGUUCCAUCACUGACAAACUGGCCAUUUCCAAUUUACUGGAAAAGCUUAAUGAAGCCCUUAAUUCUGUAGAGAAUGCGUUAAAAAAAUCUGAUAAUACUCACAUGCAAACUUACAAGAAACAGAAAGCAGAGGAAUGUGUUACCUGCAAGAUAUCUGAUGAAAUCUCUCGGGAUGAGGUUGAUGACAUGUGUGGAGCAUUAAAAAUGAAAUCUAAUGCUGUAUGGUCUGCUGUGGAACCCCCUUCUCAGUAUAAACCUCCAAGACUUUCUCAUAUGUACACUCAAAGUGACAAGAAAAAUGUUCAGAGCGAGUAUGCUAUGGGUGCUCGUCUCAAGACUGUAAAAAAUGAACUUUCCUGUAAAGAUUAUUGUUCACCUCAAACUACAUGUGAUGGGGGGCAAGAUACCCGUAAAAAGACUCACAGAAUGUAUGCUGAAGACAACCUAAAAUUUUCCAAUAUUGAAGUAAACAAAAAAAGGUCUAAGAAAUACCGUGAAAUACUAUUUGGUGCAAAAGCAAAUGUUCUCCAAGGCAGGACAGAAAAUGUUGGUAGAACAACUGGAAUGGCAUCAUCUGAAUGGAGUAGUGCAAGAGACCAUUCAACAGAACCAUGUACUCUGAGAAACGUUAUACCAGAGCAUACAACUGCUUCGGACAUACUGAGGACUGACUUACGUGUUGGGUUGGAUAAGUCAUUGAACUGUACUGAGGAUGAAUUUUUUACUGCCAAAUUUGAACUCUCCUGCUGCUCCAAUGACCAGUAUCCUGAACUUGAGAGUGUUAGAGAGGAAAUCAAUGUAACACAAAGCACAAGUAAUUUGAUAAUGUGUCCAUCUGGAAGAUACAAACAAGCUGAAUUAGGCUCUGACCAGCUUGAAAUGGCCACAGUUGGGGUAAACAAAUUAAGCUUCAUACAUCAUACAAGUUCAUUUGUAGAUAUUCAGGAGCUAUCUACUAUUAAUUUACCAACACCCAGAGCAGGAAAGAUUUCCACAAGAAUCAGUACACCUAUUGCAGCAGUUUUAGAUUCCUCAGUGUUGGAUACAGCAGAGAAUAAUACAACCCGGAACAAUUACAAAAGGAUUUAUUUAGAAAAUAAAGGCAUUAAUAAAGGAACCACUAGUUCUAACAAUGAUACUGACAGAGCUCAUGGCACAUUGGAUGAUGCACUGGAAAGAAUAAUGCAUUCAGAAGCAAUGGACACAGAGGUUACUGACAGAGCUCACAGCACAUUGGAUGAGGCACUGGAAAGAAUAAUGCAUUCACAAGCAAAGGAAACAGAAGUUACUGACAGGAUGAGCAGUUUGGACAAGGAUGGCCCUUGAAUGGAGACCGUUGAUGUGUUUUUGUUCUUUUUUUGGCAUUUUAAAUUCAGUAUGUAAAAAAAGUUCCACAUACAAUUGCAGGGUGAUUCGUACACCUGCAGGGUUGUUCAGCAGUCUUGUGGCCCAAGUACAUUAUACUAAAAGACAUAAUUGGUAAAUGUUUCAAUUGCCCUUUAUGAACAAGAUUUGAAAUGGUAGCCACAGAAUGUUUUCAUAUUUAUACUGCAUAGCAAUCCUCUGAUUUAAAGUUAAAAGUAAUUUUUUGGAAAACCCAUUAUUACUGAAUAUUGUGCUGAAUAACAAAGAGCAAAAGGUCAUAGGGAACACAUUUACAUUCCGAAUGUAUAAGUGGAUCAAAACAGAAGCUGGGCUUGGAUAGAUGGUUUAUAGCUAGAUUUUGGAAAACAACAUACUAUUCUUCUAGGAUAUGAAUCUUAGAAUCCUCUUAUGUAAUGCCACUUCAUUCUGGUAAUUUAUGGUUCCUACCACCUGAUGGUGUGCACCUUUUUUUCAGAUCUACAGUUUCAAGUUAAUUCGUAAUUUCUUGUAUUUUUAAUGUAUGGUUACAUUUUGAAUUGGGUUGUAUUUUUUGUUAAUUAAAAGCAUACAUUUUAA